UUAGUAUUGUGCUUGACACAGACGACUUGUGAACCAGCCUGACCCACAGUAGCGUCAUUAGCGAACUCAGUUCCCUCAAAUGGCUUCGGCUCUACUUCACUAUCGCACGUGCGAUUGUUUAGAAAAUUCAGGAUAUUUCCAAAAAACUCUCCAAUAUAGUUGUGGAAUGAGAGACUGUGCUGAAGCCUCGAUCGAGAUGAGAAGAACAGCAUUUCAGAGAUGUGAGCAGAGCAGAGGAGUCUAUCUGAAUGGAGAGCUGUGA